AGUGGCACACUUUUGGUAUCAGGAAUAUGGCAGCGUCCUGAACCCUGUUGGGGGGAAUACGCCGUAACUGAGCACCUUCAGCAUCAGCAGAGUGGGGGAAAAACUGAGAAGCACCGGUUGCAUUCAGAGGAGGGUGGGGGGCAGAGGGACGGCUACGAAUAACACCCGUUAGCGCUUCUACAGGUAAACGCACGCGCCGCUAACUGCCACUUUUGUUCAUGCGAUCUUCUCCAUGUUUGCUUGAUUGAACCCCGCUUAUGCUAAUGCGACUAAGCUAGCUCUGCCCCAAAGACUUGACUUGGUUCGCUAGUUAGCCGCUAGGUUGAAGCUAACUCAAACGCAAGAUAGACACAGCCUCAAAAAAUCUGCAUAUGACAAACAAACGUGGUCAACAAAAGGCGCCUCAGCUGGUUGUUAUUCUAGUUAUGGUGAGCGGCAGUGUCAACAUCGCAGCAACGGUGCUGUCGCGGUUGUUUCUCAGCCGGACAGUCAACCGUGUAGGCCCGCUGCAAUGAAGCAGAGGUUUGCUAGGUUGAGGCUGAAGCUGAGACUCAGGUAACGUUAAUGCUGCUUGUCAUGGAUUUACUGGACACAUCCGGACUCGACACAAGUCCUCAAAGUGAGCUCACGAUUUGGCGUUAGCAUUUUUUGCAAAUGUGUUUCAUGUUAACUGCCAUCCUCAUAUGUCCGGUCACAUGCUUAAAAAUCUACGAGUUGACUUUAUUAUGCAAGAAAGCCUCGCAUAAUUUCCUUGUCAAGCAACGGAAGAUGAAGAAGAGUAAGUUCCGUACCGUUUAGUUCCCAUAUUGCUGUUGGGAUUGCUUCAUUUCAUUGACUAACAGCAGUGGGAGUACAUUGCAACAGCUAGAAAUUCAUCAGGCCAAUUCAACGACAAUAUUAUGCAGUGUUUUGAUUAAUUCAAUUCUAAAUUAAAUAUUAUAUACGAUACAUAUUUUUUUUUUUUACAUCCAACAAGAUGUGUGUAACAUAGGACUGGGCGAUUAUAUGAUCGGGAUUAAUGAUCGGGAUAAAUUCAGUCCGAUCACGGUGAUCAGCUGUGAGCUUAUUUACUCGAUCAAAAUGUGCAUCACAACAGCCAAUCAGAGUCGUGCUUUUCCUGCUCACUUCUGUAUAAACAGAGUAACCAAACGUGGAGCUGAGGGCAGUAAAAUAGGUGUCAGCCAUGACUUUGAGUCAUCCUCCAAGGAUGUUAUUAUUGAGAAGAAAAGUUAUUUAACGUCUUAUUUGGUAUUUAUCUAUUUAUUUUUUAGUUUUAAGCACAGAUGCUUUAAAACUGGUGGUUUUAAAAAUAAAAAUCGUGAUAAUAAUCGAGAUCAGACAAUAUGACAAAGUAUAUUGUGAUCAUUUUUUUGGCCAAAUCGCCCAGUCCUAGUGUAACAUAUGUAAGAGCAUUUAAAAUUACAUGAACUGUGUUGACAAAAUUUCACAGUAAGCGUUUAAUGUUGCAAAGGGAGUUAUGCAACAAAAAUAUAGACAGACUAUUCAGUCAAACAUUAACUGCCUCUACUAAAAAAAAUGUAACAGUUGCCUUAGCCAUCAAUUUUUGUGCAUCUUUAUAUAACACUUUUUACAAAUGACAAAAAAAAAGUUCUGCCACAUUCAAUAUAAUUUUAAUAGGAGAUGUAAAAUAUGCUCAUGGCUGUAAAAUGGCACAUGAUCGUCUAACCCUUGUACCCACACAGCUGCUGAAACAGAUUUCCAAUCCUUGGCGUUUUAAAGGAAAAGGUGAACCGACUUAUGAGUUGACUUGUAAUGAAGUUGUGAGCCUGAAGUGUUUUGGUUAGUCAGAUAGUUCCCAUUAGGAGAUUGUUGAAAAACUGUUUUCAUGCUUUUUAGUUGAAGCACGUGUCUAUGUUGGGAUAAUACUCAUAGUUAUCCCUUUUCCUGUAUAGUGAUAACAGCUAUGUCAGCUCAGCUAAGGCUAAAAGCUGUGUUUGUUAAAGUUUCCAGAAAGUUGUGAGACCUGUCUGGAACAAGUUAUCCUGUUCAUGGUGUGUGCUUUACUUUGGACCUGGUUCUAUUUUUAUUCUUACUUCACUGACUUCUGUUUACUUUUUUUUUUAGUUUAACUCUGUCAGGGAUUGCCCACAAAUAACCUGCAAAAAGGCAUUAAAUAGUUGGGAGGGGUUGUCACAUGACCCAAUCUUGGAAUCUGCCUGGCCUUCUUUUUACACUCGUAAGAGUAACACAAUAAAAACUGCACUGCCCUCUUCAGCAGCAGCAAAGAGCCCACUGUGCAUUGCUUGCUGUUAACAUCUCCUAUUGUGCAUUCCAUCAGCCCCCUGCUUUGGAUUAGAUUCAUUAUGCAGCUCUGUGAAUGAGUGUUUGAAAAAAAAAGCAGUUGAUGCAAAACUUGGCUCUGACUGUUCCUUGCACCUUUGUUUCUGCAGUGCACACAUGCAUCAAUUAUGGAGAUGCCGAUCUUGCUCAUUCUAAAGGUCCUUGUGCCGUGUUGUGGAAUCCGAAAGUGGCCUCCAUCAAAGUCUAGUCUCUUUGGUUAAUGUGAAUUCCUUUAUUUGGAUUAUUUCGUCCAUUGCUUCAGUUGCUCACUGACAUGCAGAGGAAGGAAAACAGGAGUCAGAGUUUUUCCAGGAUCCUGGCAGAGUGCUGACACAGGUUCCCCUUGUCACAGUGCAGCAGCCGCCAGCAAUUUACUGCACUGACGACUGGAGAGAUUGCUAUUCCCUCUGUUUGCUUUAUUCUGGCCUGUCUUUGAUGCCUUCAUCCUUGUUUGCGGUAGAAACAAUCUGUCACGAAGUAUAACUCUCAUUUAACUCACUAACGCUUUGAGGGAUCUCUUUGGAUGAGGUUGCAAAAACAUGGAAUUUAAAUAAUCUGUUGUCCAAGAUUGAGAGUGUCUAAUCUGAGAGAAAAUUGCAACUAGAAAAAAAUACUUUGAACAGAAGCUCGUGUGUUUUUUUUCUGUGUAAAUCAGAAAGGAAUGAUGGUGAGCAGGUUGAGUCCUUAAGUUUCACAUUUUUUUCUGAAGAUGCUCAGGCAUAGGGAUGGGAAUAGAUAAGAUUUUAUCGAUAUCAUUGCCAUUAAAGAUUCUGCUUUCAAUGCCUUUCUUUGAUUUAAAAAAAAAAAGUAGACUAUAGGUUUUCAAUGUUAACUCAAAAUUUUAUUGAGUCUUUGAUAACAGAAAAAGAUGUAUGCCACCUUCAGUGAGAGUCUAAAAAUAAUUAAACGACAAAUUAUCCGUACAACAUUUACUUGGUUGGUAUUAAGUCAAAUUAGGUUGACUAUGCUCCGGAUCUCCGAAAAGAAGACAUGGCUACACGGGCUGGAGUUGCGCGCAAAAUUUUGAGGGUUUUUCUGGUCGCGUUGCAUGUUUUUUUACACGGUUCUGACUCAGUCCAGGCUACACAAACUCAAAACUUCCAUACAAGACUCGUUGUCGUCUUUCUUAGUAAAAUGACGCCACGCUCUUUAUCGUUUCUGCCUACUUUUCGUACAAUCCGCCAUGUUUUUUCUUCAAAGUCUCUGUUCUCCUUCACGUAGACUGCCUCUCACAAGACCAUUUUCUAAAACACCUGGAAGAAAGGAAUCAUUAAGGGAAUCAUUAAAAUGAAAUGUAAACGAUGUCGAUGGAUUGAACCAUUUGGAACCGGUUCUCAACAAGAACUGGUUCUCCAUUCCCAUCCGUACUCAGGCACAGUUUUCCUCCCUGAUAGUGAUAAAGGAACACAACUGCUGUUUGAAUUAAGGGUUGACUGAUUAGGUUUUUUAGGGUUGACACCAACGCCGAUUAUUGGCACUUAAUAAUUUGGAAUUGAUGUGGAGUUACAAAGUUAUAAAAUGUUAAUCGUUGUCUCUGAAGUGUCUCAAUAUUUCAUUACAUCCUUUAGUUUCGCCUCCUGAACUCCCAUAUUUCUGGUGGAAUCAGAGUUGUUCUCCAGAACAGUGUCGGCUUGGCAUCACAUCCACUCAAGCAUGUGAAAUGCAUACACGAAGAGAGCCGGCGGAUAUCAGAGAAGAGUGUUUGUUAUUGAGCUUCAAGUCAGCUGCCUGGAUGCUAUGGCUCAUCGCUGAGUAAUGACCGAAGAAUCAGUCAGUCUCGGAUCCGUGGAGCGCUCUACUGCUGGAUAAUCACAGUUUACUCAGAAUUGGUUCUGCAGUUGAAGGGAGUCUCUAUCUCUAAGAUGCAAAAUACUGAAUGACCGUGUGAAGUGUGUGUGUCCCUAUAUUGGAAUGUGUGUUACAUAAACUUGAUGCUGUAAUGGCUUUUAAAGACGCAGUCAUGUGCUGACACUGAAAUCCAUUGGCUGUCGUUUUCCCCUCUGCUGUUCAACUUAAAUGUGACACUGACUGAACCUCAGAGUUUGCUCUUGAACCCAUUUUUUUUCAUCCUAGAUUUCUGUGUUAAAGCUGGACACAACAUAGCACAUGUCAGACUUUCUUUUUGAUAAUAUAUUUCUUUAUUUUUUUUAGGUCCUGUGAAAAGAUGAACGUCCUCAAAGACAACAAAGACCUGGCCUGUUUCUACACCACCAAACACUCCUGGAGGGGAAAGUAAGAGCCACUACAUUUCAUUCAACUCCACUGAUAGGAUUUCAAGGCUUGUGGCAAUGUUACAGUCCCUUUUGAAAUCCUUUUACGUGCAAAAUUUGAAGCUUUCUUUUCCUUUCAACAACAUUUUACAAACAAUCAGAGAAAAAUCCUGAAAUCCUGACUCAGUGCUUCCAUUGGGUUGGUCUCCUUUAGGAGGUCUGCAGACCACUGUUUUAUAAUAUUUUACCUGAAGUAACAGAUACUGGUUGAACUUGUCUAAAGCUACAUGACACCACAGUCCUGAUAUUGUGUAUUGUGUUAGAACGAAAGCAUUGAGGAUGCAGGAAGUAACCUAUUUUACAUGAAUCAUACUGCAAUAUAGAUCAAACUGCUCCAAAUUGUAUGCUAUAAACUGCAUGUAGAUGUUUGGUGGCCCUCAUGGCAUAAGGACGGAUGAGUUGCAGUGCGAGCGGCGAGCAAGAGGGAUCAGAUUACCAAUACCUGCCUCCUAAAUGUCUUUGUCCCAUUAAGGCGGUCUGCCAUUGACCUAGGUAACUUAAGCCAGGCUGCAGAGCAUUAGCCAUCAUCAGAGCUUCAUCCCGCUAAUGCUUCCUGAAGUGUCCGUCAGAGCAGGGCGUUAGUAAGUGUGUGGUCGACACUGGAUAAUGGUACCCCAUGCAGAAUAACACAGUGAUGCAGUUUAAAAAUAAAGCGUGUCAGUAGUUGAUCUGAUGGGGUGAAGCAUGUCCAAGACCCUCAUUCUGACGAAAUGUGGAUUUAUUUGUUUUCAUUCUUCUUAAUGAAAUUGAGCCGACUCUCCUGGUGAGAGAGAGACAGAAAGGAGAGCAGGGGACCGUAGGAGCUUGCCGCCAAACAGGAAAUGAAAAUUAAACUUUAUUUGAUGCCUGUGUAAUGUAAUUCUGUGGCUUGUCAGUUGAGCACAAACCAAGGUGGGGAUGUGAGUUAGAGAGCAGGGGACAGAUCAGCAGAUUUGCUUUGGUGACCAGAUGAAAAAGGAACAGAGAAAGCCCAACAGAAAGAGAAAGACGGGCUGUAGGGUCAGAGUAUCCUCCUGUAAACAUCAGAUACUUUGAACUACUUCUGCCUCAUUCACCGUGACCUUAUUUGGUCAGUCAUUGAAAAACACCCUGCAAAUAAUGAGCAGUAUUUACUUGAGAUGCUCACCGCUGAUAUCUAUCGGGGUAGUUUGGGUAAUGAUGCAUUUACAGUGAUUGACAGACUCUGAUAUUCAUUCAACUAUGAGAAGUGCCUCCUGGUAUAUUUACCAUUACCAAAGGACUAAUUUUGGAAAUUUCUACAUUUGGUUUGGCACUGCUUGGAUGUGCGCACAAAGCCUUCUGCAGCCAUUCUUAGUGAAACAAACUAGAACAUUUUCUCACUCUGUCCCAGUUCCUCCACACCUCCUCUUCAUCAGUGAUGUCUAGAAAGGUCUGCACAGCUGAGGUCAUUCAUGGGACAGCACUACAUCAUUUGUAGAAAGCAAAAACAGCUUUGAAAUUACUCUCCUAAAGUACAAGUGGUAUCCAAACACAGUGCUUUUUGUGUUUGUUCAUUAUCACUAAUGUUGCUUUAGAAUUGGCAACCCUUUUUAACAGAUUGCUGAGUGUCUAGCUCUACCUUUUAAGGUUAGAAAUAUAUGCUUUGUUUUAUAAAAUGGGAUGAUACAGACCAGCUAUUUCGGUGUUAUUUACAUAGUGAACUGAACUGACCUGGACUGCUUGGUGGAAACACAGUUAAAGGCACUACGAUCACAGCUCUUUUAGGACUAGAGAACUACAAUUGAUAAGUCAAAAAGUUAAUCAGUGUCUUCCUUCAGACAUCCAUAUCAUUCCCUUGAAACAGUUUCCGUGCACAGAUGAGUAGAGCAAGGCUUCUCACUGUGAAUACAGAACAAGUCCCCAAAAGGCAACUUUAAUUAUACUCCUCUGUGAUUAGUGUGCCCCUUCAGCAAUAUCUAAAAAGCACUUUCAUGUGACUUGUGAGUAUGUCACAGUAUUUAAUGUCACUUCUACAAGGACUAGCCAACCCUGACAAUGACAAUCAAUAGUAGCUAUAAAAGACUCUGCUUUACUUAGAUAUAAAUGCAUGUAGAAAUUUCACGCUUCAGCUUCAGUCAUGAGUUCAACACGAGUGCUCUACUGUAUUUUAGUCACAUCUGACAAAAUGGUUGGUCUAUAAGGCAGACUGGCCAGUUGAUGAGAGUAUCAGUCAUGUGCGGGGAGACACGAUAGACUCUUGUUGAUUUGUUGUUUCAGAUUCUAUGGUGACAUAAUCAAAUUGGUCGAACUUGCAGGAGGUCUGAGAGCCUGAAAUAAUUGCAGACUUCAGCUGCUGUGGUUUUGCUUUAUGCCCACCCACCCCUCCCCUCUCUCACUCUGUGCUCAUGAUCAUGCUCAAUUCAAGUCUCAUGACUCCCGCUCACGGAGAACAUUUGAUUUGUGUCUGUGUGUGUCCCAGCGAGGAGCGUUUUCAUAGCUUAUUUUGAAUAAAGUGGAUUCUUCUAGCAGACCCACUGUCACCAAAAGGCUUUGAUUUUCAACCACAACAAUUCUGGAAUAAAUAACAUCUCAUUUGAAUCUUCUUUAAAUGCUCUAAUACUUCUUUGUCUGUAAUAAAGGAGCCUGUUUUGCUGCAGAUGCUUGAGCCUUUCCUUGUAAUACCUGUAUCAUGUUUCCAGCCUAUUUAUUUUUUCCCCCUAUCAUGAUACAUUGUUCUCUCCUUUCAUCAUUUUUUUUUUUUUUUACAUCUUUAAAUAAAAUCUAGUGUGUGCGCAGUCUUGUGUUGAGGAUUAUAUUGUGUUUUCAUAGCUUUUUAUGCAGCCAAGUAAAUCUUCAGCUCGGAGCUUUUGGUGCAGAUUUUUGUUUAAAGGGGAAAGGCAGUUGUUGAGAGGGUUUAGUCAGACACCGGAUGUUGCUUAAUGUGAUACAUUAUGAAACCCUGGAAGUGGAAGGAAAAGCUCCAAAGGCACAUUGUACAGUAAAAGUGAACAAAGGCUAGGCAACCUGUUUCUGCUAUCAAACUACAGCUUUAGUGCAAAAUACGUGCAAGGUUUGUUCGGCUUUUGCAUCAUACAUUUUUGCAAUAUUACACCUGAAAAAAACAGUUCAUGCAAAAGAUUAUUUCAAAGAAGGAAGUGACUUUGAUUUAAAAAAAAUCUUUUCGAUAGUUGUUGCUCUCAGUCCAUUUGAAUAGAUAGAAGCAGACAUGAAUUUCACCAUGUUGGCUUUGGCAGUAGUUUGAAUUGUCAGCUCUCUUCAUUUCCAUAUGAAGAUUUAAAUCACAGCUGCAUGAGUCGUAAAAUGGACAGCUGUAAUGUCAAGUAUGUGAUUUCUUGUACUUUAACCAAAAUAAGCAAAACAGUAGUACGGUUAUUUAGACUCUUAUGGUGUUUUGUGUCCCUAUAGCUUCAGUUUUUUACACCUCAAACGUACAGGUGUCACCUUAUUUUAUCAAUAAAACUUGAGCACCUCCAUAAUUUCAUCACUUGGGUAUGGCGUUGGCUCGAAAAGGAGACUUAGUGCGUUCAUAACUUUGCACUUAUUGGAAUUCUUCAAUCAGAAAAUCAGUCUUUCCAGUUUGGAUUCAGAGGAAUGUUCAUCAUGAUCUUCAUUAUGCUGGUAUGCCUGCCUUCAUUAUGUUCAAAGAAAAUCUCUGAUUCUUUGAAUUGAGUGUAUCCAAUGAAGUGUGUGGUUUUUAUGGACAGUUCUUUUUUAGGUGUGACUUUUCCUUAUUUUUCCAAUGCAGAUUUUUACAGAUCUCUUCUUUGUGUUUAAUGUCCAAUGAAGAGUAGUAUUUAAAGCUUUGUGUAAUGUAAACAUGCAGUGACACCAGCUUGGGUCAAAUUCCUGGUACAGGCACACUUACCAAGAAUUUGAAAAAGCAGAAGUUCUCUCUCUUUUUAGUUCUUAUUUUAUUCCAUUUUCUCAGUUUGCACAGCGGCAGCAGAUGGCUGCUCACCAUCAAUCUGGUUCUGCCCAAACUUCCUGCCUGUUUAAAUAAAAACUUACCCUAAAAAAGGACAUCCCAGGUGUUUUACUCUCACAUUUGCAGGAAGACAUAAAACUGAAAAAUGCAAAGUUUCUCCUUGUAUCUCAACUUAUUAGGCGGCAGCAAAUGGCUGCUCACCAUGAAUCUGGUUCUAGUUGAGCUUUCUGCCCGUUCAAAUGAAAACUUCGCCUAAAAAAGGACAUCCCAGGUGUUUUUCUCUAAAAUUCACAGGAAGACCUAAAACUGAAAAAAUGAAGAGCUUCUCCUUGUAUCUCAGCUGACUAGGCGGCGGCAGAUGGCUGUUCACCAUGAAUCUGGUUCUGCUCAGACUUUCUGCCUGUACAAAUGAAAAGUUCCCCUAAAGAAGGACAUCCCGGGUGUUUUUCCUCUAACAUUCAUGGGCAAACCUAAAACUGAAAAAAAUACAGGGCUUCUCCUUAUAUCUCGGCUUAUUCAGUGGCAGCAGAUGGCUGUUCACCAUGAAUCUGGUUCUACUUGAGGUUUCUGCCUGUUCAAAUGAAAACUUCCCCUAAAAAAGGACAUCCCAGGUGUUUUACUCUCACAUUCAUGGGCAGACAUAAAACUGAAAAAAAAAACCCACAAAGUUUCUCCUUGUGUGUCUUGGCGUACUUAGCGGCAGCAGAUGGCUGUUCACCAUGAAUCUGGUUCUGCUUGAGGUUUCUGCCAGUAACAUUUAAAACAGUAAAGACUUGGAGUCAAGUGACCCCUGUUAUGAUUUGGCACAAGAUGAAUAAAAAUGGAUUGAUUGAGUGAUUGUUAAUAACUUGCUGUAUACAAAUUGCAGGUCUGACUGGUCAACUUAUUCUAUUAUGUACAUCUACAGGGUUCAUUGUGACUGGCUUUGCAGUUCAGUAUUAACAAGCAAGAGACAUGCACCAAAAAUGUGAAGUGAUGUGAUGUUAGCCUGGCAAAAACACACCCUGGUAAGGGAAGGUUGCAUGUUGCCUGUGUACUAGGGUAGGAUAAAGAAAAAAAAAAUCAUCGGACUGAGAAUAAAUAAUUAACUAGGCUUGUGCUGACACACAGUUUAGCCGGCCACUUAACACCAAGGUCAGGCAGCGUAAAGAAAUAAAGAGAGAGCGCACCCUGGAGCAGGACAAAGACAUGGUCACGGGCUUUGUGUCCAAACAUGAUGAAAGAAGAGAGCGGUGAAAAAUAAACCUUGGUGUGAGAGGAGAUGGUCAGAGGCUCUGAACCGGUUUGGGACACGACAUUUUAAAAGAAGGACUCUUAACUGUGCAGCUGAGUAUUUCACUUGAGCCUUGCCCCGGGCCGCUGCAUUAGCUGUCUCUUUAUGUUAGCAGUAAGCUCUGUACACAAGUUUAAAAGCAUUAUAAGGAAGUAAGUGCUCAAUUUGACUUCCUUUGACUUUUUUAUAAGAUAAGACGAGCAGGGAGCUCCAUCAGACCUGUUAAUGUUGACGGGGUCUAAUGAGGAUGUGUGAGAUAGAAAGGAGCCAAGUCAGCAUUUUCAGUGUGCAGACUUAUGGACGUGCUAAAAGAACACUCUGUACAUAGAUACACAUGCACUAACCACAUACAAAAACCACUUUAAAUAAAACAGACUUCCCGCUUCAAUCUAGAUCUCUUUAAAAACAAAUUUCUCACAUCAUCAAAUCCUUAAAUGACCCUUUUCUUCAAGUUUAGCACCGAGCAGAAUGUUAAGAAUUCAGCAGACAUGCCAACUGGAACUAUUGGCAAAGACACGCCAUCGUGGCUGCACACUCGCACACACACACGCUCAUUAGCUAUGACUGGCAAAGUAGAUGUUCACACCUCCUUCUUACUCUGCGAGAAAGACCCACUCGCACACAGUUCAGAUGAAUAAGUGUUAGCUUUAGUGUUAAACAGUGACUCAGUAUGAAACGUACGUAAGUGCUUUCAUUUUAAAAAUAGUAGAGAGACCACGCAGGGUUGAAAUGAAAGAAAGAAAAGCUCGUAAGAAGAGGCAUGUGAGAAUAGCAUGCACAAGGCGACGCUGCAGUGUUGUUGUUAUUGAGUCACCAACCCUCCAGUCAGCAUCAAAACUCAAGUCCCCAGAGUUCAAGUCAAAGUGUGAGACCUCAAGGUUGGGUCUGAACAGAGCUCUAAGUUGGGCUUCAGUUCUCCACAGACAUUCAGACCUAAAAGGGUCAAACCACUAUAGAGGCUGAAGUUAUCAUUGGCCGACUCAUGAGUCCUGAAAAGCAGGACCCUAGCUGGACUUAAAGGUGGGGUAGGCAGGAUCUGAGGAAGUGCCAGUUUUGGGGAGAAAUCUUGAAUGUAAACUCUACCCCUCCCAACCAGUUUUCCCCUCUCCUUCUCUCCCCUCAGUCUCUGCUCCAGCAAGCCCCGCCCACAAACAGACGCUCCUGCUCGCUCGUAUCGUUCUAAUUAAAUUCAGAUAUAAUGCAGAUAAAUACUUCAGAUAAUUACAAAUCUGGCCCGGUCAACGUGAAAGUAAAAAGCAUUGGUGCUACUGUAGAUACCAACAGACUACCAGCAGAAAGGUUACAGGGUCCGUAAGAUCCAGAAGCGUCCCCCAUCAUUGUUGACCUGGCUUCUUAGCUCUUGUCCGGGUGGUUUACUUCCAUUUUAAGCACCUGUUAUUCCGCCAGAGUCUCCGGUAUUUUAGUUAUUUAGUUAUUUAUUAUUAAAGUUCCUGUAGGGAACUUUAAAUUUAUGUUUGUUCUGGUUCCCCAUUUGCCCUAUACGUAUAAAAGUACAAUCUUAAGGUAGAAAACCUCAUCCUGUUGUCUUGAUAUAGUGGAAAAUAUCACUUAUUGUGGGCAUAGAUUUUAACAACAGACUGAAUGCCUUUUAGGUUUUGGACAACAAAGAAUAUCUGUCAUCUUUGGAGAUUGAUUUAAAAAAAUUUCUAUCCUGUUAAAGUAAUCUGAGGAUAAUUGCCUGAUUGCUUAACAUGGAAGUAAUUGUAAGUUGCUGUCCUGAUCACAUCUUUCGUUGCCUCAGUCUGGUAGAACAUGUCUUUUUGGAAUUAGUUCCACAUGUAAAUGACUCUCAGUCAGCUUUAAAAGCAGCAGUUAACAAUCUUGUCUCAUCUUUUCUUUGUGUGCGUCUUAUCUCAUCCACAGCCUCAUAAAAAUGUCUGGAAAGCGGCUUAAUAAAGCUGCGCGAGGAUGAUAUCAUCAGCUUACUGAGCCUCAGUGAAGUCACCUGUCCUUGACUCACGAUCAGCUUACAGAGCUCUUGAAUUGGGGGGAAAAUGAACCUUUUCUCCUUCUGUCUGUCAGGCUAAUAGAACUUAAUAAUUUUCUUGGGAUGUAUUUUGAAAUCGCAGGUUAAUAGAGUUCUGCUCAAAGUUACGGGAUGACAGGCUAGCAGGAUCCGGUAGCUUUGAAAGGACACGCACAUUCAGCCUCUUUCUAACAUCAAAAGCUAAUCACACAUGACUGCCCUGUGCUGUUGUGGGCAUUGCUUCCAUUUGCAAGCGGGGAUAGUGAUGGCAAGUGGGCCGUGUGUCUGACUCAUCCCUGCUCUUGUGUUCCAGGUACAAGCGAGUCUUCUCAGUGGGGACGCAUGGCAUCACCACUUACAACCCUACCACGCUAGAAGUAACAAAUCAGGUCAGUGUGUGCGACUGCAGCCUGUCAAAGCGCUUCCUCAUUGAAACAGCCACAGCUCUCUUCUAUGCCGUCGCUAUCAGUGUCGAACAGAUGCUUGUGGGAUGUGCUGCUCUUGGAUCCAUGUCACACUUGUAAAUCCAUUUGAAGCACAUUGCUCUCUUGCUGAAAGCUGACUCACAGCGUUUUUUAACUUCUUAGGCUUUUAGUCCUGCUGGAGUGCAGCGUGUCUUUAUACUGAUUAGAGCAUGAAACAUGUUGUAAACAGUUAAAAUUACACAGAAAACCUGACUCACCAUACCCCCGAGCCAGGUAUAUACAUAGAAAAACAAGUUUUUUAAGGGAUAGCUAUUCUUAACGCUGUGAAAUACCACUAGUAACUCCUGUUUAACAUUCAGGAGCAGUAGAUAAUGUUUAAAUUAGAAUAUAGAAUGUUCCUUUAUUGAUCCUCCAUGAGGGAAAUUUUUUUGCCAAAGCAGCAACACAGAGAGAGAGAGUGCAAAAAUGCAGCUAUAAAAAUAAAGAUUGUAAUACUAAGAACUUAGAUGUUAUAAUUUAGAAAAAAUUUUGAAAAGGAAAAAGGGAGAAUAAAAAUAAAAAUAAAAUAAAUAAUAUAAAAUAAAAAUAAAACUAUAUACACAAUUUAAGUACCAAUUUAAAUUACAGCUAACUCACAGGAGCUAAAAGGUAAUAUUAGUGACAUGACAUUUAAUGCAGACUUGCUGCAAACAUUCAUGAAUAUUUAAUAUUAUUACAUGUUUAUUGGUCACUUCUCAUUAUGCUCAUAGCUCUUAAUACAGAAGGAGUUUAAGAAAUUUAAAAAGGUCACAAAACCACACUUAAACAUGCUUGCAGUGCAUUAAAAAGAAGCGUUUCGAAUAACUUAUUUACAUUUUUAUACUUCAGUUCUUCCACGUUGUGUCCAGCCUGCAUCUCUCUAACUGUAUCUGUGUGUUAAUAUCUGUAUUGUUGUUUUUUGUGUUGCUAGUGGCCUUAUGGAGACAUCUGUGGCAUCAGCCCAGUGGGAAAAGGUCAGGGCACAGAGUUCAACCUCACAUUCCGCAAAGGCACGGGCAAGAAGUCCGAAACGCUCAAGUUCUCCACGGAGCAUCGGACGGAGCUGCUCACAGAAGCACUGGUGAGGAAAAACACACUCCUGCGCCUCCAGCAAAGCCACUUUAUGUAGAAUGCAGGCCUUUUGACUGCACUGUAGGUGUUUAUCAAAAAUCUGAACCAGCAGAUAAUUUGGAGGAGUAAAUAAAACAAUCGUUUGGUAAAGUUUUUUAUAGCUGCUCAAAGAAUGGGUGUUUCCCUGAAGGUCAAAUCCUGUACAUUUGUGAUUUCACUGUCUAUGUGUCCUACAUUUAAAUGUCCUAUUUGUUUCUCAACUGUUCUUACCCACAGAGAUUCAGAACAGAGUUCUCAGAAGGAAAGAUAACUGGGAGAGUGAGUACCAAACUUACGAAAAAAUCCAGCUUUUAGUAUUUCUUUUUCCACUGGUGUGACACUCUCACUAACGUCUUUUAAAACUUGUUUUAAACAGCGCUACAACUGCUACAAGCAUCACUGGAGUGACACGAGGAAGCCGGUGAGUUUGGAGGUCACGCCGGGCGGCAUCGACCAGAUCGACCCACACACAAACCGAGUGGUGUGUUCCUACGACUAUCGUAAUGUGGAGGGCUUCGUGGAGAUCUCGGAUUAUCAGGGAGGAUUCUGCAUCCUCUACGGAGGCUUCAGCAGGCUGGUACGCUUUCAUCGUCUGUAAAUGUGAUAUUUUUGCUUUGCUUUGUGUAGCUUCGGGUUCUCAUUGCCUUUUUUGUCUCUUAGCAUUUGUUUGCCUCGGAGCAUAGGGAUGACAUCAUCCGCAGUGCCAUAGAGCAUGCUGGGAACUUCAUAGGCAUCACGCUACGGUUGAGGAAGGAGGCACUGACAUUUGAAGGCUUCGUGACGGACAGGUUGGGGAAGUACAGCUCAGACGAGAGCAUAACUUCUCUGGCUGAGUUUGUGGUGCAGAAGAUCACCACUCGGCAUCCGGUUAGAGCUUCUUUAUUUCUGUUUUUCGUACUGUAUGUUUCUCAAAGUUCAGAAGCAACUUAAUGUACCUUUGUUAUAACUGGUUAACUCAUAUUAUUUUCUUAAUUUAUCUGUGCAGACUUAUUCAUUACCCCGUAAAACCCAUGAGCUGAAUAGAAUUGAAACUCAAAUUUGUGAUUCAUUGCAGCCCUACCACUGCAGUUUAAAAACCAAACUACCAUGUGUUUUUUUGUGUUGCCCAUGUUUUAAAGGAAUUACGGUAGAUGUUAGUCUCUCUUCACACUUAAUUCCCGCUGGAGUCUGUGUCUUUGCUGACUCAUGUCUGCUCUGUCAUUCCUCAGGAGCCCGUGAAGCGAAUACUUUGCCUGACGGAGACAUGUCUGGUGGAGAGGGACCCAGCCUCGUACAAUAUCGUCACCAUCAAACCGUUCGGAGAGGUGAGCGCACAGAAACACCACCGUAUCAACAGGCAUGAAAAAUUUAGGCAGAAACAUUGGAAUCAUUUAGCUCUGUUGUGUUCUGCUCCCGUGAAGAUAAAAGUUAAUUGAGCUGUCUUUGUUUCAUUAUGGAUGAACUGCAUCGCUGGGAGUAAACAGCUUGAAUGAGAGCGCUUGAGUGUGUGUGAUCUGCGUAAACUCCCCCCUCCUACUCCUCCUCCUCCCUUUUCUUUUCCUCACUCUUUCCUGUAUCUUGAUCUCCCUGCAGGUGUUUGCUCUCAUCUGUGAUGCAGACAACCCUCAGGUGUUUACAGUUGAAUUCAUCAGAGGUCAGAUCAGGAAGUUUUCCUCCACGGAAAGGUACACACACACACCUCACACAAGCAUUUUCCUAAUGUGUGUCAAGACUCUUCAGGUCCUGUUAGCUUUUUAGAUAUUUGGAAGUAAUUUUAGCUUUUUAUUUUGGAGUUUUUGCUCAAGUCUCCUCCUAAAUGUUGUUCUUUGUCAAAGAAACUGUUUGCACUAACCGUGUCUGUGUGUGCAGGGACUCCCUUUUGGCCAGUCUACUUGAUGGAGUCCGAGCAUCAGGGAACAGGGAUGUUUGUGUUAAGAUGGCCCCGACGCAGAGAGGGCAGAGGUGGGGCUUACUGAGCAUGCCUGUGGAUGAGGAAGUGGAGAGCUUGCAUCUGAAAUUUUUGGCAGCACCUCCAAGUGAGUCCAGACCCUUUUCAUCCUGAUCUACAUGAACUCAAACUAUCAUGAUUGUUUUUUUAAAUACAUGAAGUUAACUGACUUUGGUGGUUUAUACUGGACUUGAGCUGAGAUAUUUUAGCCAUACUGGUAUUAUCCAGUUCAAACAUCAGUAGAUAAGUCCUGCUGAUUAUGCUUUGGUUAAAGAACUAAGUAUUUAUGAAGCUUUUCGCAAAUUAGCAAAUAAUUGCAUGCAGUUUGUCAAGGAUGGACAGCUUAAUAUGUACCUAAUGUCAGCAUGUUUGCAUGGCUUAAAUGAUAAUGCUAACAUGCUAACAUUAGCACCUACUGUACAUGUAUCAAAACUUUUAUGACGGUAUAGGUAGAAAAAUAAAAAUAAAACGUGCGCAUAAAGCCCCUUUACAAACACAAGUCUAAACUUUCUGUAUACUGCAGUGUUUCCCCGCACAUCAGUGUUACCCAAGGUUAUAUUUUCAGCCAUUUUUCUAACCCAAGAGUGUCAUCUGCAAUCAAUGAACUAGACUCUUGUGGCUCUCUGAUGACCUGCAGCACCUCUCACAUGUGCCACUGUGGAGAAAAGUCCACCGGUGACUCCCUCCUGUUUAUGAUAUAGGUGGAAUAUUUCACGUUAAACAUGGACUUUCAUGUAUGGCUGCUUUAAAAGUUACGAGAAGCUAAUAUGACAUAUAAUGUAGAAUUAGUAGGUGGUGUCGCUAAAUGAGGGGUAAUAUUCUUACCCCUACCCCCACUCCAUGUAGCAUCAUUCUGUUGGAAACACUGCACUGACAUAACGUACAGAAAUAUGUACAUACAAGAUAAGAUGGCCUCGUGGUCCACAGAUACAAACCUGCAAAAAUUCCAAUCCGGGUCCUUAGAUACACAGAACAUUUACAAUAAGUGAGUUAAUAAACCAGAUUACUUCCUCAGCUUGUGUGCUUUUCAGUGAUAUGUCAAGUUUGUGCAUAACUAACUUAUCUCAUUGGGGAAAAAAAAGUAACUUUUUUCCCCAAGUUGUGUCAUACUUUCAAAUCCAGUUAGAACAAAAAACAUCUGUCAAUUCAUUAUUAGUUUACAAAACGCAAGUGACACAUUCCUAAGUCAUUUGUGAGGGAACAAAAAUAUUGAAAAGACAUGAAAACUUGUUUCAACAGAUAAAUCUUCGACUGUUGUGCUUUGUCUUGUACAAACUGGUUAAAUUGAUGUAAAUGAGAGCCAGCAGGAUUAUUUGGAUUAAGAAAUCAGAGCGCAACCAUGAAAAUAGGAAAAUUAACUGAAAAUAAUACAAAAGAGUGACUAAAUGUAGAUUCAAAAUGGUUUUGAGGAGUAAACUCUCAGUGAAUUUUGAUAUUUUCUCUGUGAAUCAAAUAAGUAAUAAUAACAAAUGCAGAAACCUAAUAUAAGAACAGAGCUGCAGAGUCUGCAGUCUUGUAGUCUAGACUGAGGCGAUAGACUUUAUGAGGUGAUGUAUUGUUUUGCUUGAUUGUUCCAUCCCUCCUUCUUUGCUUAGAUGGAAACUUUGCAGAUGCAGUAUUCAGAUUCAACGCCAACAUAUCCUACAGUGGAGUGCUGCAUGCAGUAACCCAAGAUGUGAGUGUGUUUUCUCUUGGUGUGAUUUACGUUUACACAUCUGCCUGAGCUGGAUUCUCUCUCAGUCACUUAUCUUUACCUCUCCCCGUUUCUUUUCUCUUCAGGGUCUUUUCUCAGAGAACAAAGAGAAGCUCAUCAACAACGCCAUCCUGGCUCUCUUGUCCCAGGAGGCCGAGCUGCCGGCUCUUAAUGCAGAGCUGGAGAGCCAUUUUCAGGCCAUCCGACGACUGGUAGCCUCCAAGGCCGGCUUCCAGGCUUUCACCCAGCUGCCUAAGUAAGAAAGCAGCUGUUAUCUUUCUUUACCUCAGUGAUUUUAUUUAUUUAGAGUUGAUUGUAGAGCUGCUGGUAACAGGCAUGCUCUGUCAUUCCAAGGUCUGGUCAAGGGUCUGGACUCACAGAUGCAACGUAAAUAUGAAUCCAUACAUCUCAGUCUGCCCUUUCUUGCCUGUCUGCUCCUCGCCCUCUUUGUUCUCUUCCUGAGUCUUUGUUUGCUGUCUGCGAGUCAGCAUUCUCCUCUCUCAUCUUUAUUUUGCUUUCAUCUCAGGUUUUUCAGACCAGCACAGAAGGGAGGUUAUGUCACUCAGUUGAGCUGUCUGCCUUGAUUUGCCUCGACCCUCUCCUCUCACCAGCUCACACUCUUGUUUUUGUCCAUUUCUCUGAUCAUUCUACCCCUGACAUGUCUGUAUAUUUCAGUCCAAGAGAUCCUUACCAGUCUCUGGGUCACUGAGAUGUAUGAGAGGAACUGUAUUUACUGUUUAUAUUUGUUCCUGUGAAGCAAAUGAGCCGUGAUUGGCUUUCCUGAAAGAUUCAUUGUGAGGGUAGCUUGGUGUUUCCUUCGCAUGAUCACGACACCAAUAGAUAAAAAGUUUAUUUCUGCUUCAGGGAAAACCUCUUUGAUAUUGUUGAACACUUUUAGGCUCUGAAGAUGUGACACAUUUUAUGAGCAAAGGAAACAACGAGCCACUUCAGAAGCAAUGAAUUCUUUGUGUAUCCAACCCCAGACCUCUUUAAAUAAAACCGUGUUUGUACGUUUUAUAUUGUGUGUUUUUGAGAUUUGAACUUUCUCCAGACGCACUAAUGAAUCUGUAAAUAUGUGUCUGUGUGUUUUAGGUUCAGGGAAAAGUUGGGAGUUAAGACGGUAAAAGCUUUAAAACGGAAUAACAACGGUGUGACUCAUGCUGCUGUAGACAUGCUCUGUGCUCUUAUGUGUGUAAGUAUUCCUUUCAUAUCCAGACACCAGCUACACAAGCUUUUAACAAAUGGGUCUUUUUAGUAUCCAAGGUUGGAUUUUACACUGAAAUGUUCAACAUUAAGUAGUCUGAAGCUGUGUGGCUGAGACCUUUUCUUUCAUGUUUGUCUGCAGCCCAUGCAUGAUGACUACGACCUGAGGCAGGAGCAGCUGAACAAGGCCUCUCUACUGUCCUCCAAGAAGUUCCUCGAAAACCUGCUUGAAAAAUUCAUCACCAAUGUGGUACAUUUCUUCAUCUUCAUCUUCUCAGCUAGAUAGUUGCAACCAUAAAUUACAUUGUUUAAUUUGACUCCUCCUUCCGGUCCCCUUUUAUUCCCAUAUAUACCGACUAAAAUUCCUAAAUGUUACGUUAAAAGUUCCCCAAAAUAUUUGACUACGAUCCCUGAAAGUUCCUCUACAUACAGUCACCAAAAAAGACUAGUUAGUUUAGUGAAAAUCCAAGAUUUCUCUACAGUUUUACACAAUUUUAGCCCAAAAUUACUGAAAGUUAAAGAAGAAAUUGUUAAAAAUUCUCUGAGCUAAGCAAAAUUUACUCAAAAGUUCAUUUAAUGUUUAUGAAAUUUUCUCAGUUAAUCUAAGAAAAAUCUAAUUUGAAAGUUUAAUCGAAAUUUUCAUCAGUAUCUGAAAGUUUCCUGAAGUUUCGUACAGUAAAAAUACCAGAAUAUUUCUGAAAAUUUCUUUAUGAAAGGUUGAAAAAAAUCUUAUAAUCUCACUGCUUAAAUUUCCAGAUUAAGUUUUUUAAUUUUCUGAAAACACCUACUCAAAAAUUCUCAGCAUUGUAACAGUAAAACUCACAUUUCAUAUUCUGUUAAACUCACUUCUAUUUUUAUUCAAUUUUAAAAACUUUCCACAUUACAGUAGCUCAUUUCCAUUGGUGUGUUUUUUUGUCUUUGCUCUCAGGACCAUGGGACAGGAGCUCUGGUCAUCAGCGCCUUACUGGACUUCUUAACAUUCGCCCUCUGCGCUCCCUACAGCGAAACCACAGAGGGGCAGCAGUUCGACAUGCUGCUGGAGAUGGUUGCCUCCAAUGGACGCACGUUAUUCAAACUCUUUCAGGUACUCGUUACGGGUUUUUCUUCUGUUGAACGAGGAUUUUUCAAAAGUUUAAUUCAUCAGUUUAAAUUUAGAUAUAUCUUAUGGUGUGAAAACUGUCUGUAUUUGACCAAUUCAACAAUAUAAUGGUAGUUUAAGAGACAUAAGUUUUAUUUUACAGGACAUACAUAACUAGAAUGAUAAUGAUGUGUUAUUGUUAGUAUAUGACCGGGAUAAAUUCAGUCCUUCUUAUGUCUUACAUUUGGAUUUCCUUCUCUCCAGCAUCCCUCGAUGGCCAUAGUGAAGGGAGCAGGUCUGGUGAUGAAAGCCAUAAUCGAGGUCAGUCUCUGUGCUGAACAACUGCAGGAUUCUUGUCAUAAGUUUCAUCCUUUUCAACAAUUUAUCCGGAUUUUCUACAUUUAGGAGGGUGACAAGGAAAUAGCCACUAAAAUGCAGGAGCUGGCUCUGAGUGAAGGAGCUCUACCAAGACAUCUGCACACUUCUUUGUUUACCAUCAGCGCUGACCAGAGGAUGCUAACCAACAGGUGAAACUCAGUGAAAUACUCACACCCAGUAUUUUAGUCCUUCAUUUCUGUUGGUUUUAGCUGCUGGUAAAGUUUUUCCAUGAUUGCCUGAGCAGAUAAAUAAGAAGAUAUGCUCUCUCACAAACCAAUUCUAGCUGCUGAUAUCUAUAUUUUCUUUAUCAGGCAGUUGAGUCGACACCUUGUUGGUCUGUGGACAGCAGAAAACCCUGUCGCCAUGAACCUCCUGAAGAGGAUAUUGGUAAGGCUGCAGAACAGUUAAUAUUCAAAACAAGUCUUUGAUGCUUUUGUAAAUUCUCAGCAGAUGUGAGCAUCAUGAGGAUGAUUGAGGAAAAGUUCUCCAGAAAGAAAUCAGUGCUUCUCUCAAAAGUCAAACCCUUUAACUGUUUCUCUUUGUCUCAUGCGCUUGUAGCCAACAGGCCUUCUGGCUUACCUGGACAGUGCUGAUUCAGUCCCAGAGAAAGACGUGGACAGGAUGCACAUACGAGACAACUUGAAAAUCGCAACGGUAAAUUUGCAGAAAUACACAAGAUCAGAUUUUUAUCAUCCCAGAGAUCAGUCUGAAGGUGUUAAAUAACUUCUUUUACGUUUAUCUCUCGCAGGACCAGCUGAAUCGCAACAAGGUGCCUGAGUGGCAGAGGAUAGCAGGCAAAGCAGCCAAAGAGGUGGAGAAGUUUGCCAAGGAGAAGGCUGAUGUGGUGUUGAUGCACUGGAGAGAUAAAAUGGGCAUAGCGCAGAAGGAGGUGAGGAUUUCUUCUCCUCCACAAAGGCACAAAGGGCUCAAUUACCAGUUACCUUUCAGAGAAGCUGCUGCUGCCGCUGCUGUUGUUUUUGGUUGCUUAACCAUUGCUGCUCCUCCUGCUGAUGCUGAGCAGUACUGCAGGAUCCAGAGGCGAACACAAUAACACACUUUUCAGCUGCUGGUGCUGUUUUGCAUGAAGGUGCAGCCUGACUUUAGAGAACCAGUACAUGUCCAGAUACAUAAUCACGUUUCAUUUCUCUCUUGCCUUUUUAAACCGCUUUGGUAAGCUUCUGUUGUGUUUGCAUAGCACACAUGUUUUCUUUUUGCUUUGACAAUAGCCUUCCAUUACAGGUGUGUCUGAGUGUGUCAGAGUGCUCUUUAAACUUUAAAAGGUCACCAGUCUCUUAAAGGACACCUCUGUCAUGUUCAAACUGGAAGUCACAGACGUUGUUUCACAGUGAUUUCUCACGUCAUCGCCCCGGGAUUAUUCAGGUUCAUGUUGUCAUCUGAACAACCUGAUAGAUCUUUGAUUGUGAAUUCUUUAAAUCUUGAUCAAAUCUGCUUCUAACCCUUCAAAACUGUCGUCACAUGAAUGCUGCUCGCCUUUCAUUUCCCCCUUUUUAAUUUUUCGACUGAUUCAAACGGCUGGUGAAAAUUUUGAUUCGCUUGCUUUCACUCAAUAUUCCUCUGUCACAUCCAUUGUUUCACAUUUUUAUCACCUGCUCCAUGAGUUAUGAAAUCCUUCAAAUCAGUGCAUAGCCUGCUAAUAGAUCUGUAAUGAGGUUUGUUCGUCUCUUAGCAUGAUACACCCCAGUAACCUGUGACCCUUUUAGCGUCGAUUCAUCUCUUGUUUGAUUUGAGGAACAAUAAUCUCUCUGUGUUGUCUCUGCCCCACCCUCCCCUCGUCUUGUAUGGUUUCUCUGCUGUCAAACAAUGCAGCAGGACAGAAAUAACCUGGUAAGUAGGAUUAACAAAUGGGAUCCGUCUGUUUUUCUCUCCAUAGUCUUUAUUUUAACCAAGUCUUUCCAUUUCCAUGUGAGAAAUCGGGUGUGUUUUUUCCUCAUUCAGCCAGGUGGUGACUAAAUAUCUACAUGAGAUGUCAGCGUUUUCUCAAGUAGAUGCAACAGAACUAAGACAUAAUCAUAGAGAGGCACUAUUUACUUCAAGAUGUGCAUUUUGAAAAGAAGGAACUUGAUGAAGCACUUCGAGGAUAUUUUGAAAUACGCCAAGAGUUUGAAGAAAAGCUCUUUGGGCAAUAGAGAAAAAUGCAAUUCAUAGUACACAGCUUGUGGUGUUGUGGUUUCAAUGGCUGUUGGUUAUCUUUGCAACAGGUUUUUAGAUAUUAAAACCUUUAAUUUAUAGAAGCAUGAAGUGCAUCAUGUGUCAUAAACAGUGCAAACUCUCCUGAGUUCUGUCCGGCCUAGCUAGAAUAAAAGAUACACCCAAUUCUGGGAUCCCAUCUUGGUUUUCUCUGUUUCAUAACCUCGUCUCUUUUUGCAUGUUUUGUUGUUGUGGUGAUGACAUUGUUUUGUGGGGGGAUGGGGGGUUAUAUUGUUUGUGUCUUUGUUAUUAUACCUGGCUUUCUCCAUUCCCAAAAAUUAUGUCUUUAUUGUCAUACACUCGUUUCAUUCAUUUCAUUUCAUGUCUUGUUGGUUUUUUUCCUCCUGUGUGGAAAUGUUGUUCAUUUUGUCGCCAUAUUAACUUCUGAACUCUCUCAGCGCCAUGAGCUGAAGAAGGAUGUUUGCUGUAGAUGAUGAAACACUGACUGGCAGCAGCUCUUCAGAGUUUGUGGUUUUUCUUGAUUUCCAGAAUCCAAACCAAAAACCGGUCAUCCUGAGGAAGAGACGGCAGAGAAUAAAGAUUGAAGUCAACUGGGAGCUCUUUUACUACAAGUACAAAGUUUUAUUGGAUCUUUUAUUUCGACCUGUGAUACAUUUUUAGAGUUUGAAGUUCUACCAGUUUUUCUGUCUGACCCGCUCUUCUGUCUUUUCAAGAUUCCAGCUCGACCACGCAAGGUCCAACCUCAUCUGGAACCUGAAGACAAGGGAGGAGCUUCGUGACGCUCUGGAGGGGGAGAUGCGCGCCUUCAGCGUGGACCGCGAGCUGGGGAGUGCCACAGUCAUCUCCUGGAACCACCAGGAGUUUGAGGUUUGUGCCCAACCAAAGUUUGUCGUUCAUCUGUAUCAAAGCAGGCUAAACUAACACAAAAAAAUGAUAACAAUAUUUGUCUGCAUACAUUCCUGUGUGCAGGUGAGAUAUGAGUGCCUUUCAGACGAGAUAAAGAUCGGGGAUUAUUACCUGCGUCUGCUGCUGGAGGAGGACGAAAAUGAAGAAUCCAAUGCCAUCAAGAGAUCGUAAGAAAAAAAGAAAAACUACAAUAACCCCUCCAUUUCCUCUGUUAUUGUUCUGUUCUGAAUCCGGAGAGAGAUGAGUCAUCCUCUUCCUUCUCUCUUUGCUCUCAGUUAUGAGUUCUUCAAUGAACUCUACCAUCGCUUUCUGCUGACACCCAAAGUUACGAUGAAGUGCCUGUGCCUGCAGGCCCUCGCUAUAGUCUACGGGAAGUGCUAUGAGGAGAUUGGCCCCUUCACAGAUACUAAAUACAUAGUUGGGAUGCUGGACAGAGUAAGUAAAGACCCUUACUGCUAUGAUGUAUUGAAUCAGAGUGACAAAAGUUCAUCUUACAGUUGAAUUUAUCCUUAUCAGAAGCUUAAUGUAUGCAGCUCACAAGUCCAGACAAGUUCCACUGCAGAGGCAAUAAAGUGCAGUCUAUUCUGUAUUCUAUAUAGUGUAUCUAUAAUAUGUAUGGUGCGGUAGUGUAUUGUAUUGGGAUGCACGGAUGUAUCAGUUGAACAUCAGUAUCAGCAAAUUUCAGCCGUCUGUAACUGAUGUUUUUUUUUCUAUCUGAUCUUUAUUUUAACCACAUUGAUGACUGCUGCGAGGGGAUAUUACUUAGGACCAGAGGAAGAUAAGCAGCGUUCAGUUUGUCAGACAUGUUCUAGAGACAUUUAAUGAAGGAAUUUCUAUGGAGGGACUAGCAGCUAUUUAACUAGACCAACUCCUAUAGCUCGUCUUUAGUGUUGUAUUGUAUCGUAUCCAUUAGGGGUGGGAGAAAAAAUCGAUACAGCAUAGUAUUGCACUGUUUCGUGAUAUAACUUAUCGUCACAUUUACCAAGUAUUGAUUUUUUUUCAAAUUAAUUGCUAAUAUGAAGUCAAAUCUAUGAUAAUGGAGAAAUAAAAACUGUUUGUCCAGUGAGGUUUGCAGAAGUGACGUCAUAGAGCAGGAGAAAGUUAGUGCAACAAAUAUGUAUGAGGUUUGCAAGAUGUGCUACAUGAAAAUAAAAUACAGCAUAAAUAAGAAAAACAUAAAGAAAAGCUAAAUGCUAAAUUUGCUAAACAUUUUUAAAAAAUGUAUAAAUCGCAACAUUUUGCAUCACAAUACUCACUGUACUACAAAAUGUUUAAAUCGUAAUAAUAUCAUAUCGUGGCCCAAGUACUGUGACAAUAUCAUGGGGCCACUGGUGAUACCCACCCCUAGUAUCCAUGGUAUUGAAGUGUAUCAUAUAAUUCCUCUUGUGUGUUUUCAGUGUACAGACAGACUGGAAAGAGACAGACUCAUCCUCUUCCUUAACAAGCUCAUUCUCAACAAGGUAAGUUGUUCAGGGCCUUUCACCAUCACCUGUUCCUUUCAUCCACUCUUCUUUCUCUCUCUCUCUCUCUCUUUUUGUUCUGACUGUUCGAUUUUCUUUCUGCAGAAAAAUGUGAAGGAGGUGAUGGACUCUAAUGGAGUGCGCAUUUUGGUGGAUCUGCUCACCUUGGCACAUCUGCACACCAGCAGAGCUACUGUGCCCUUGCAGGUAAAAACAACACAAAGCUUUUGAGUUAUAUUACAGCUCCAAAGAUGCAAUCAGACCUGCAUGACAUCGGAGGUUGAUGAGAUGAAAUUGAAUGUUAAACCAAGUGUGAAAAUUGCAAAUAAUCUGUCGGAGUGUCAAACAAAGGGUGUCUGUAUUUCCACAGAGCAAUGUACUGGAGGCAUCACCAGACAUGAAGAGAGAGAGUGAGAAAGAGUGGUACUUUGGUAACGCAGACAAAGAAAGGAGAGGACCUUUCAGUUUUGAGGAGGUGUGUUAAAACAACCAAAACAUGUUGAUCUCUCAUUAGCAUUUUUUUUUACUCUUGUUUUUAUAACAUUGUUGUUGUUGUUGUUUACUCACUCAUCUCUCUCACCUCCAGAUGCAGGAGUUUUGGAACACAAGCGUCCUGACUGCCAAGACACGCUGCUGGGCUCAGGGGAUGGACGGUUGGCGCCCCCUGCAGGCAAUCCCACAGCUGAAAUGGUGCCUCCUGGCCAGCGGGCAGGCAGUGAUGAACGAGUCUGACCUGGCCACAAUGAUCCUUAACAUGCUCAUCACCAUGUGCUCAUACUACCCCAGCAGGUAGAGAGCAGAAAAGACCUCCCUUAUCUAAUAUUGUGGAUUUAUUCUGUUAAAAAAAAUCUAAUAUUACUGUUUUAAUUUCCUCAGGGACCAAGACAACGCCAUUAUCCGUCCUCUACCAAAGAUCAAGAGGAUGAUCAGCGAUAAUGCUUGCCUCCCACACAUAGUCCAGGUAAUUGCACAAUGAAAAUCUGACUCCCCCCCCCCCCUCUAGGGUCAUAAAUAUUCUACUUAAUUUUCUUUCCUUCUUCCACUUUAGCUGCUGUUGACUUUUGACCCCAUCCUGGUGGAAAAGGUGGCCAACGUUCUGUACCUGGUGAUGCAGGACAACCCGAACCUGCAGCGUCUCUAUUUAACUGGGGUCUUCUUCUUCAUUAUGAUGUACACGGGCUCCAAUGUGCUCCCUGUAGCAAGGUGAAAACAGAUGGCAUAAAAGCAUCCACUAGCAUUGAAAAAAACGUCAAAUUUAUUCCUCAAACACCUCGAUAGAAACCAGUUAUUAUUCUGCUGCAGUUUCACUCACUUAAAUAUUACAACUUGUGGGCAAAUGUAACAUGAACUGAUGAUUUCGCCCUCUGAAAUGUUCCCGUUUUCUUUUAGGUUCCUGAAGUACACACAUCUGAAACAAGCCUUCAAAUCAGAGGAGGUAACAAUGGAUUAUUUUCACCUGAUAAAAAAGAUGUAAAGAGGUUAAUAUAGCGAGUAUCUUUUGGAUCUAAUGUCCGUCAUGUCCCUCUCAGUCUAAGGGUCAGGACAUUGUGCAGCGGAGUGUUCUGGGUCCCGUCCUGCCUGAAGCCAUGGUGUGUUAUCUGGAGAACUAUGAAGCAGAGCGCAUCUCUGAGAUUUUCCUCGGAGAAUUCGACACGCCUGAGGCCAUUUGGAGCAGCGAGAUGAGGUAGAGAUUUGUCUGUGUGAUCAGGUUUUAUUACAAAACGUAAUUUAAAACAGUAAAAGUGAAUUUUAUUGUGAUUAUUUCAAAGAUUGUGUUUGAACUCUUUCUUUCAGGCGGAUGAUGAUUGAAAAGAUAGCCGCCCACGUCGCUGACUUUAGCCCUAGGCUGCAGAGCAACACUCGGGCCCUCUACCAGUACUGCCCAAUCCCUGUGAUCAGCUUCCCCCAGCUGGACAACGAGCUCUUCUGCAACAUCUACUACCUCAGACACCUGUGCGACACCAUCCGCUUCCCCAACUGGCCAAUUCGAGAUUCUGUGAGUCUUUUUUUGCCUCUUUUAUCCAACGUUUUCCAUGUUAUCUAAUCAUUGGAGCGUUUGCUAACACUGUAGUCCUUUGUAUCGCGUACAGGUAAAGCUCCUGAAAGACACACUUGAAGCCUGGAAGAGGGAGGUGGAGAAGAAGCCUCCUUCUAUGUCUGUGGAUGACGCCUAUGAAGUCCUUAACCUCCCUAAAGGACAGGGACAGUGAGUGUUCACUGAUUCUCCACCUCAGUUUUUCUUCUUUUCCUUAAGUAUUUUUUAUUAGUAAGCAGAAACAGAUGUAGAUAUAUGGCUGAGAAUUAAGAGAGUGUUUUGUUUCUAGGCAUGAGGAGAGUAAGAUCAGGAAAGCUUACUUCAGACUGGCGCAGAAGUAUCAUCCUGACAAGAACCCAGAGGGCAGGGUGCGUAUCACCAUCAUCGCUGGCAUGAUAUGUCAUUUUUGCUUUAAACAGCCACUGAUUUUAUGUCGUCGCCUAACUUUCAGGACAUGUUUGAGAAAGUCAACAAAGCCUACGAGUUCCUUUGCACAAAGUCUGCCAGAAUCCUGGACGGCCCCGACCCGGAGAACAUCAUCCUCAUCCUCAAGACUCAGAGCAUCCUGUUCAACCGGCACAAACAAGGUUCGCCUUCGUGUAAACCCUCACUCUUACUUUCAAGUUGAAACCACUCUUCUGACUGCCUCAUUGUUUGUCAACAGAACUGGAACCUUACAAAUACGCCGGUUACCCUAUGCUGAUAAAAACAAUCACCAUGGAGACAGAGGAUGAGCAGCUCUUCUCCAAAGUCUCCCCUCUCCUCCCGGCUGCUGUCGAACUCGCCUUUCAUACUGUCAACUGUUCGGCUCUUAACGCAGAGGAGCUGCGCCGGGACAACGGCAUCGAGGUACGCAUUCAUAACCAGAACAAAAACCCUGUAAUAUCAUCUAUCCUUGUGAUCAACUAAAAAUAAAAUGUCCUCUGUAUUCAGGUGUUGUUGGAGGCUCUCUCCCGCUGUGUUGCUGUUUUAACUGCAUCCAGUAAGCCUGAUGACAUGGCUGUACAGGUACAUAAGAGUCCUACUACACCUCCAAUCACAUUUCUCCCUAGAGAGAAGCGCUGUACUGCUUGUAGUGAUUGUUUUUAACGGCUUUUAUCUCUUCAUUCUGUCACAGGUGUGCGGGCACGUCUGUAAAUGCUACAGUGUAGCAGCCCAGUUUGAGGAAUGCAGGGAAAAGAUCAUCGAGCUGCCAAAUAUCAUCAGGGACCUCUGUCACAUCCUCUUCUAUGGAAAGGUUCGAAGAUUUGACUUCAACCCUCAGAGUUUUCUGUCUACAGUUGUCUUAAAGACCUUAAAACCGUCUUAAAUAGGGCCCGGUACAUUUUAGAGUCUGCAUCUGCAAAAUAAAGUAAAAGGUUUUAUUCUCUCUUUCUUUCAGGGUCUCCCAAAAACAGCCGCCCUCACAGUCCAGUGCGUCAGCUCCUUCGCAGUCGAUUUCUUCCUCCAGACCCAUCUGUACCACGCCGGCGUGCUCUGGCACCUGCUGGUCUACCUCUUCAACUACGAUUACACUCUGGAGGAGAGCGGCGUUCAAGCCAGCCAAGAAACAAACCAACAAGAGGUAGCAAACAGCCUCGCCAAGCUCAGCCUGGUCGCUCUCAGCCGUCUUGGGGGAUAUCUCCAAACGCCACACACCCCAGACGGGAACAAUCCCGUGUCAGAGACCAACGGGGUUGAGGGCACGCCUCCUGAGAAUCCAACCAUACGUAAGAGCUUAGCAGCCAUGCUGACGCCGUACAUCUCCAGGAAGCUGGGAACAGGAUCUCCUCCUGAGGUAUGCUGAUGAGCUGCAGAGAGGGAAAAGUAUUAAGUAUUUACAUUUGAAAAAGGGAAGCAACUGAACUCCACUUUCUGUGCUGAUCGUUUAGGUCUUAAAGCUGCUGAACAGUAACUCGGAGAACCCAUACUUGAUCUGGAACAACGGGACACGAGCUGAGCUGCUGGAGUUUUUGGAGGCUCAGCAAGAGGGAAACAUCAAGAGGGUAGGAAGAUUUUGAUGGUUUGCAAAUCACGUAAAAGAAAAUAGGGUAAAGACAACAUAUCAAAGGUUGAAACUGAAUUUUGUAAUAUCAUUUUAUGAAAAAUAAAUGCUCAAUUUGAAAUUUAUGCCAGAAAUAGAGCAAAACAAAAAAGUUAGGACAGGAUCAACAAUGUGGAAAAUGCUUAAAGAAACACCUAGAGGAACAUCUCCUAACUUAUCAGGUUAUUUUCAACAAAUUAGUGACAUGGCUGAGAAUAAAAGUCUCUAACCACUCAGUGAGAAACUGGAUGAACAAUUUGGAAGUUUCAGAACAUCAAAUAAUGGAAAGUUAUGAUCUGUGGGCUCUCGCUGCAAUUCAAAAUGAGACACGACUUCAAAUCUACAGCCUGAAGAGCUGUACCGUGCAGAGAGGAAACUAUCUAUCAAUGCAUUUCAGGACUGAUAGUCAGCCUGAGCCCGUUUAGGAUGACUGAGGCUGAGUAGAGAACUGUCUGUGGUCUGAAGAAUCAGAAUUUUGUGUUCUUCUUCUGGAAAUCAUGGACACUGCAUCCUCUGUUCAAAAUCAAAGAGAGUCCACUCACCUUGAUAUCAGCACACAGUUCAAUAAAACAGCAUCUUUUAAUGGUACGGUGUAGCAUGAGUUCACAUGGUAUAGGUAGCCUACACAUUUUGGAAAGCACUAUUAAUGCUGAUCAACAGACAAAGGUAUUGAUGAGCAAUAUUUAAGUAAUCUUAAAACCUGCUUUUGUGUUUCUCUCUGGUCUCUUUAAAGGGAGAAAAUGAUAAAAGCUUUGGAGCCGAGUUUGUGUUCACUGAUCACAGCAAAGAGCUGAUAGUCGGGGAGAUAUUUGUGCGGGUUUACAACGAACAACCAACUUUUCCUCUUGAGGUGAGUACAAUCUCAAACCCAGAGUCCUUUUCUUUUACAUAUCAAUGUUUCUGUUAUAGACUACAGCGUGAUUCUGUAAAGUGUUUUGUAAUGCUGCAGUGUGUUUCUCCAUCUCUGCUUUGUAGUUCCCCAAAGCAUUUGCAGCCAGUCUGCUGGACUACGUUGGCUCCCAGGCCCAGUACCUGCACACCCUCCUGGCCAUGAGUCAGAGUAACAAGGUGGAGUCCCAGCAGCACGCCGAGAGGCUCCGCUUUGCUGAGAUGGCUCUAGAAGCUCUUCGCAAUGUCAUCAAGAACAACCCCGGUGAGAUUUGACGCUUCCUCAGCUCUACCUCCUCCUCAGAGUUAAAACCUGCUUUUGUGUAUUAUUUUUAUUUUAAAGUUUCUUUUUACUGAGCUGCCAUUUCUGUUUCAUUUCAGGGUCCGAGUCAGAGUGCAUCGGCCAUUUCAAACUGCUCUUCUCUCUGCUGCGGGUUCAUGGAGCCGGUAGAGUACAGCAGCUGGUUCUGGAGGUAAAGGAUCUUGGUUCUUUUGUCUUUUACCGUGCUGACCUCCACAUCUCUGCAUUUGAUUUGACUCUUUAUUUAUUUCUGUGCAGGUUGUAAACACAGUGACAUCAAACCAAGAGUGUGUGAGCAACAUCGCAGAGUCGCUGGUGUUGUCCAACCUCCUGUUGCUGCUGCAUUCGCUUCCCUCCAGUAAGAAAACAUCUGAAUUCAAAUCUCAUACUUUUUGCUUUUUUACAAGAGUUGUACCGUCUAACUAAAAUCUGAUUUUUGUAUCAUUUAGGCCGACAAAUGGUGCUGGAAACCUUGUAUGCACUGACUUCCAACACAAAGAUUGUCAAAGAGGCCAUGGCCAAAGGUCUGUUUGAUUCUUAUUUCUUUUUUUCUAUUUUUAUUUGUUUUGUUACUUGAAGGUGAAACGACACUCAUCUCCACCUGUUUUCUCUUUAGGUGCUCUGAUCUACCUGCUAGACCUCUUCUGUAACUGCACACAUCCUCAGGUUCGCACACAGACCGCCGAGCUCUUCUCGAAGAUGACCUCCGACAAGCUGGUUGGACCAAAAGUAAGUUCAUAUACUGUUCUAUUUUCUAUCACUGUGUGUCAUUACGUCUGCUUCAUGAUUUUAUUCAAUUUUUUUCUUCCAGGUGCGUCUGACCCUGAUGCGCUUCCUCCCGGGAGUCUUCAUGGAUGCCAUGCGAGACAACGCAGAGGCAGCUGUGCACAUAUUCGAGGGAACGCAUGAGAACCCCGAGCUCAUCUGGAACGACAGCUCAAGAGAGAAAGUGUCCACGACCGUGCGAGAGAUGAUGCUCGAGUAUGACGUGACCUUAAUUCAAUAUCCUGUCGGGCUGCGACCUGUCAGAAGAGUGAUUCAUGUGAAAUCUUUGAAUAUAUUUGAUUCUUAACAUCCUGUUUCUCUGUUUCCAUCUCUCCAGGCACUUUAAACAGCAGAAGGAUAAUCCUGAUGUGAACUGGAAAGUAAGUACGGUCUCUUAUCGCUCACUUUUAAACUGUUUUGUGUUGUGAUUGAUUUAAAGCGAUGGUAAAUUCUCGCUGUGUGUGCACAGUUGCCAGAGGACUUCACAGUCGCUUGUGGAGCAGGACAGGGUGAGGUGGAAGUGGGCGGAGUCUUCCUGCGAAUCUUCAUCGCUCAGCCCGGCUGGGUGCUGCGCAAACCUCGAGAAUUCCUGGUGUCUCUUUUGGAAACUUUGACCGAGCUGCUUGAAAAGAACAACCCCAACGUAAGCGACCACAAAGACAAACAACCGCAUUGUAUUUUUGUUUGAGAAGAGCAAAUUCACCUCCUUAUCCUUGACAUCUCCGGUGUUUCCCAGGGUGAGGCUUUAGAGACAGUCACCACCGCAGCAGUGUGUCUCUUUAGCACACAAAGCCAGCUGGCCGACCAGGUCCCCCCUCUGGGUCACCUGCCUCGCAUCCUGGCAGCACUGAACCACAAGAACAACGCUGUGCCCAAGAGCUCCAUCCGCCUCAUCCAUGUGCUGUCAGACAACGAGGUGAGGAGCCCAGUUUCAAGUUCUCUCUUUGAAGCUUUCAGGACUUGCAUCAUCAGGUGAAACACAGUCAUGAAAGAGGGGUUGGUUCGCUCUAAACUUUGAGUUCAGUUCUACUUAUUCUGAGGUGUGUAACUUAGAUUAAAAAAAGACAGUUGUAUAAGACAUUCUGCAUAUUUGACACAGAAAUGAAGGUGUAAAGUUUGAAAGAUGUUCAGUGUUAUGGAGCCCUUUUUUUUACAGAUCUACUCCUAAAAGUUUCAGCCAGCCCCCAAAUUUCCAAAAGGUGCAAAUUCAUACACGUCCUUUACAGCAAGAGAUCUGACACCAUGAUUUUGCAUUUUGCAUUUUAAACUAAUGGAAGGGGUGGAGCAAGUCUGCAGUGGUUUUGUUGGCGUUUUAUCUGCAGUGGUUUUGUCCAUACCUCACAAUUAUCAACGCUACCACAGACUGGCGAAUACAGAUUUUACUACAAAGAGCUACACAUCUACAUAGAAACUGCACAUUAAUGAUGAACAUAGUGAAAGUCUUCAUGCAUGGACACAAUUUAAAGCUUUUCUCUCUGGGACCCCCUGAAACAGACAGCUUUUUGGGGUACUUUUUACGGUAAUUGGAUGUAACAAACUGGUGAGCAGAAAGGUUAUGAAGUAAUAAAAUAGAGCCAAUGUUUAACAAAAGCAGAUUUUUUUUGUCUCAUUUUAAUGAAUAAUCCUUGAAAAUAUCGCUGUGUUGUUUUGUGUAGCUCUGUGUACGCUCCAUGGCGUCCCUGGAGACCAUCGGCCCCCUCAUGGCGGGGAUGAAAUGUAGGACGGACAUGGCCGGAUUGGCUUGUGAAGCUCUGAACCGCAUGUUCCAGAAGGAGCAGACUGAACUGGUAGCCCAGGUAAACUUUUUUAUUUAAAGAUUACUCUUUUUUUUUUUUCUUCUUAUAUUAAACACAUCACUUUAAAUAAUCUUGUAAAACUAAUAAUUCACUGUUUAAUGAACCUGACAGGCUCUCAGGGUGGAGCUGGUUCCAUACCUCCUGAAGCUACUUGAAGGAGUCGGCCUGGAGACGUUAGACAACCCUUCAGCAACCAAGGCCCAGAUAGUCAAGGCGCUCAAGUCCAUGACCCGCAGUCUACAGUUUGGAGAACAGGUAUGACGGAUAAUCAUCAACUUCAGACCAAUUUAAUCCAGUGAAUGAUGAUAAGUGACAUUUUGUUUUGUCACUUGCUCUCCAGGUGAAUGAGAUUCUCGCGAGGUCCUCAGUGUGGAGUGCCUUCAAAGACCAGAAACAUGAUCUUUUCAUCUCAGAGUCUCAGACUGCAGGAUACCUGACAGGUACCGUGUUUGUAGAAAAUUCAAACUCCGCUCCAUCAUAUCUCACAUUUGUUAACACCAUAUGCAGUUGUGAUGACUUUUCUUGUGCGUGCGUGUUAACAGGUGAGUCCUAACUGUCUGUCUCUGUUGUUGAUUCUUAAUGCUUUGCUUUGGCUGCCUCCUCACUUGUGCUCGAAUCCAGCGACCCUCUCUAUCUCCACGUCCUUUAACUUCCUGGGUCUCCUUCCCUUCCUCUUUGUCCUCCUCAUUUCCUCCUCAGGGGUUUCCACUCCUUCUCUCCUGGCCGCCAGCAGCCCACUGCGAGGCGGGCUCUAGACUCCUAAGCAGGGCCCUCGCAGCCCUCCUCUCUCUUGCUCUGAUGCAGGUAGACUGUGACCUGGCUCCUACUGCCAUUCCUCUCCUCUUACCUCUCCACCACUGACCCACACCUAAUGUUUCAUUCCCACUUCUCCAUCUCUGCAGUGCUGAAAAUAAUGUCAUACCGUCGUCAUUUCCAUCUCCUAACUCUUAAUCACACGAUCCAGUCUGACAGACGAACGAAACAUUUACGCAUGAAUGUGAUUACUCGACCAUGUGACCUUACUGGGGACGGACUGGGGGAUUUCCAGUCCGCUGCAGACAGAAAAUCUUAUAAAGGAAUUGGUAAACAAUGAUGAAUGUGAAAGAAAAGUAGUAUCCUUACAAAACCACAAAAAUUAACCCAAGAAAAAGGAAGAAAAAUGUUGAAUUUUCAUCAAAAGCUUCUGUCAAAAUUCAUCAGUGUGUCUUAAAGGCUUCAAACUCUUGUGAGGUUUUCUCUUGUUAUAAAACAGAUUAAAAUGAUCAGUGAUGCUUCCUUUUGACCUACAAACACAAACAGGACCAUCAGCAGUCAGACUGGAAAUUUCUGUAGUUAUUUUUAAUACCACUGCAUCACAGUGAGUGUCAGAUGAGAUGAUUUACAGCACACCAAACUUCCUCUUUUUACAAAUAUUUACUGUGAGCAAUUCAUUCUCUGUUAUAAGAGCGUCUGAAAACACCAUCUUUACACGUACAGGACAGGACCAGCAAAGAUAUAUUACUGCUUUUUCCACAGGAGCUUGUCAGAGCUUUGACAUCAGCGUUACAUAUUGGCCAUCAAUCAAGUAUCAGUAUCAAUCUUUAAACACGAUAUCAGUUGACCACUACUUAUCUUAUGAAACAUAGCUUCAUACUCCUGCCGUGUAUAAAAAGUUGAUGAAUUAGCAUGAGGUCUGUUAAAGGAGAUCAGUCUAAUUCUGCGCUACUGAGAUGCCCGAUCUUGGAGUGACACUCUUAAGCGACAGGUUGCAGAUUAUGCCAAAAGAUACAUGGUCAGAGUUGUUGCAGAUAUGAAGCCACAGCUGAGCAGUGUUAAAAUGCCAAUAUUAAAGGAUCAAAAAGGACUGGUAAAAAAAAAAAAAAAACAUCCUUAAUGCGCAGCAAAGGGCUGAGGUGAGGACUGGGCGAUUAUAUGAUCGUGAUUAAUGAUCGUGAUAAAUUUCAGUUCGAUCACGGUGAUCAGCUGUGAGCUUAUUUACUCGAUCAAACAUGGUGAAAAUGUGUGUCACAACAGCCAAUCAAAGUCAAGCUUUUUCUGUUCACUUCUGUAAGUUGCUGGAGAAGUAAACAGGAGAGGUCAACAGAAUGACCGAACGUGGAGUUUAGGACAGCAAAAUAGAUGUCAGCCAUGACUUUGAGUCAUCCUCAGAAGAUAUUAUAGUUAUAGUUAUUCAACAUGGGUUGUGUGGUGGUGGUUUGGGUAUCUCCAAAGUGACGUCGAGCAAUUAAGCCAAUGUGCAAGGGAUGUUGGCUUCACAACAGAUCUGUUUAAUCAUUUGAAGAAGUACUUCCCCAGUGUUUAUGCGGAAAACAUGAACAUGUGAGCAGAGUCUGCACAGCCUGCCACUGCUGACGACACGAGUAACAUUAGCAGUUUAGCCACAACUGGCGGUGGAGCCACCAGACCAAAGCAGCAACCAAUCAUAUCAUCUAACGUUUACAUUUAAGGCGUCUUCAUUAUCUCUGAGGGAGCAAUUUGCUUAUUUUGGAUUUUGCAUACCUGCAAAAACACUCAGGACUGUUAAGACGGUCACUUUGUAACUUAAUAUUAUAAUUUGAUGUUUAUCAAGAUUUGUUGUAUUGUUCAGUAAAAAAUUUUUUUAAAUAUUUUUCUAUGUUUAUCUCAUUUAAUUUGCUUCGUUAUUUACUUUGUAUGGUAGUAAAAUGUUGAACUAAUCUCUAGUUUCUUCAGUUUUUAGUACAGAUUCAUUAAAACUGGCAGUUUAAAAAGAUUGAAAAAAAAAAGUGAUAAUAAUCGAGAUCAGACAAUAUGAUAAAAUAUAUCAUGAUCAUAUUUUUUGCCAAAUCGCCCAGGCUUAGCUGAGGCUGGGUGUUGAACCAGCCUGAUACAUUUAUUUAAGAAUACAUACUAUAAAACUCCUGAUAUGCUUUCCUUCUCCAUCUUGUAUGACAUAUUUUCAUAUCCAGCAACAUUUCCUAACUCUGUCCCCCAUCCAUGUACAUCCCUCCAUUCACUCAGUAGUCGAGGGUUUAAGUUUAGUACAUCAUAGCAGCUCUCUAACAGCACUCAUCAGUCCUGUGAACUCUGCCACACUGAUUUGUCGCUCUUCUUUCCGUCUAUAGGUCCAGGAGUUGCAGGCUACCUUACAGCAGGAACUGGCACCACAGUAAUGCCCAGCGUCCCACCCCCUGUGGACAACGACAUCGGAGACCAAGGCUGAUGGACACACACACAGUCACGCUCAGGCACCCAGACUGCCCUGCAGCUUUACGGCCGCAGCUCAGAGAGGGACUGUUCAGCCCCCAGACGAGGGGACGGAGAGAGAGAGAGAGAAGGACGGAGGAGGAGAGCGGGCCGCCGUCGUCGACCGUCACCAAAAUCUCUACAACACCUCCUCCAGUAUCACUCUCCUCUCCCCUCACAAAUGGCACUCAAGUCUUCAUAAACACUUUAAAAUUGUUUUAAUGGAUGACCACAUUUUUUUUGUCUCUGUGCUACUUUUCUUGUUUCUCCCAAUGACACAGAAGAGUUUACUUUUUGUAUGAAUAUAUUUUUUACUUAGAUUUUUUUUUUUUUUCAUGAGAAAGACUGAGGCUUAUUAUAGUUGACCUGUCUCUUCUCUUAUUAUCGCUUCCCCUUUAUCAUAUCCUGAUUGGCUACACUUGCCCAAAAGUAACAACAGAGAGAACGGUGACACAAACCCAGGACCUAUACACCUUUAACAUUAACAUGUGAUCAAGUAGUCUAUAUAAUGGAGUGUCAUAUGGAAAAGGAAAAAAAGAUGAAAUAGGUAAUCAUUUAUAUAAAUAUGUAUGAUUUUCUGCCUCAUUCCCCUCACGAGCGCCUGAAAAAAUGAACCCUUGGACUGUCGCUGACCUCUGCUGGUUUGGCAAGGUUGACGCAGAUCUCCUUUACAAACAUCCAGCCUACUGUUCAUCUGAUCUUCUGUCAUGUUUCAUCUCUACUCUCUCUUUCAAGGCUUCCCUUUCUGCCUCACUUUUUUAAACGUAAUUCUCCUCCCCGGCCAGAAUGCAAAAAGCACUAGAAUAUUUAUAAGUGACUACGUAAUAACCACCGGAAAUGAGCUUCUGCAAAGACGUGACGAAUGACUCUAACUCUGAUUUUGAAUCUAUGUGAAAGACUAGUGCAAUUUGUGAAAUGUUCAAUGUAAUAUUGCAUAUAUAAACUUUCUAUAUUGAAUGUACAUUCAAAAAAUAAAUCAGCCGCACUUGUACAUAAAAUUUUAAGAAUAAAAGGGAACCCACAGUGUUGUUCUUUUGUAA